AUGUCUAGCCAUCGCGACGAGAUCCCAUCAGCCGGCGGGAGUCAAGGAUCACCGGAAAGAGGUCGAAGGGAAGACACUCCUACGCCGGGGGAUCAGAGGAGCCUCCUCAUCAGGGGGCGCGAGACUUCGAAAUCCUCCGGCAGAUUCCUGGGGAGCUUUUCGACGGAUGAGCGGGAGGCCAGGAUGCUCUCCUCGACCGGGAACUGCGGGGGGGACUGCGUGCGGGAGCUCAGGAACCGCCACCGGGAGGCCUUUCAUCUCAAGGGCCGUCUGCCCCCGAGGAGAUUCGGUUCAGGGCCCAGGGGCGGGAAUACGGACGGGGGGAAUCGCGGCGGCGUCGGGACCAGCGAGGACGUCGGUGCUUGGGCGUCGGUUCGUGGACGUCGGAACGACACUCGAGAAGUCAACAGAGGAAGAACUCGAAGAAAAAGUUUAAACGACGGCGAGAAAAGCGACGGCGCGGAAGAAGGAGAAGAAGGCGAAGGGAGGCAGCCUGUUGGCGAGGGGAAAACGGGUCUCGGAUCGAAGGUUGCGUCAUCGGGGGACCCAUUCCACGCCGGCCCUGGAAGAGACGCGGGGACGCCUCACAUCGACCGUGAAGGAGGAUUCCCGAAGGAGGGAUUUAGCGAGGGCUUUGGGGGGUCGGGUUAUUACGUCAUCAACGACCAUGAAAGUGGUCUUGACUUUAACGACCCGACUGGGUACAACAACCACGGAUUUCCGGACGCCCACCUUCAGUACGGGCCCCACGGCGCUCCCGAACCUCCUCUGGACACGGGGCACCUUCCUCGCGGUCCCCCGGGCGCCGAGCACCCGCGCCUCGACCACCACCCGGAGCACUUCGAGUACCCUCAGGGGGCGUUUGAAAGCCCCUUCGACGCCACCCACCUCCCUCACUACCCUGACCUGGACCCGCCCUUCGGCCCCAUCCACUACCCUGACGCCCACGCCCCCCUCGGGCCGCCCUUGGAUGACAACGGGGGGGCGCCCGGGCACACCGACCAGGACCACCAUGGCACGUUCUUGACAUCUUACAUCACCCUUGACAACACCACGAAGACGAAGAUGAUCUGUGGAGGAAAGAUAUCCAAGAAUUACCGCGACGUGCAGUGUCUCCCCGAACCCGACGCCUUCAACCCGUGCGAAGACAUCAUGGGGAACCUGGGACUCCGCGUGGCCGUGUGGUUGGUGGUUGUCACGGCGGUGUUCGGCAAUCUAGCGGUGAUGGUCGUCCUAAUGAGCACGAGGUUUAAGAUGACCGUCUCCAAGUUCCUCAUGUGCAACUUAGCCGUGGCCGAUCUGUGUAUGGGAAUCUACCUGCUUCUGAUCGCCGCUAUGGAUCUGCACACUAUUGGCGUCUAUUUCAACUACGCUAUCGAUUGGCAGAAUGGCCCAGGUUGCAAGGUUGCAGGCUUCCUCACCGUCUUUGCCUCCGAAUUGUCCAUACUGACGCUUACGGUGAUCACCCUGGAACGCUGGUACGCCAUCACCUACGCCAUCCACCUGAACAAGCGCCUACGACUGACAGUGGCGGUGCGGGUGAUGGUGCUAGCCUGGCUCUACGCCCUGACGAUGGCUACGCUGCCUUUGCUUGGCGUGUCUGGUUACUCCAAGACGAGCAUCUGCCUGCCCAUGGAGACCCAGGACGUGGCCGACCAGGCGUACCUGCUCAUGCUGCUCACCACCAACGGCCUGGCCUUCGUCCUCAUCUGCGUCUGCUACUCCAAGAUGUACUGCUCCAUCGCCGGCAACAACCUGGCCGCCAACACCUCGGACACGACGGUGGCGAAGCGCAUGGCUCUGCUGGUCUUCACCGACUUCGCCUGCUGGGCCCCCAUCGCCUUCUUCGGCCUGACGGCGGUGCUGGGCUUCCCCCUCAUCAGCGUGACCCACGCCAAGUUCCUGCUGGUGUUCUUCUACCCGCUCAACUCCUGCGCCAACCCGUACCUGUACGCCAUCCUCACCAAGCAGUAUCGCCGCGACCUCUUCAUCCUGCUGGCCCGCUACGGCUUCUGCACCAAGCGCGCCAUCAAGUACAAGGGCGCCUACUCCACCAACACGUGGCUCAACCACAACAACGUCUGCGUCAGCGGGGGCGCCGGCGGGAGCGGCGGCCCGAGUCGCAGGAUCUCCACCCUGACGCAGAUAACCACGUGCGGGGACGUGAGAAGCCGCCUGAGAGAUGGCUCCGAGGAGAGCCUGGGGCGCCCGCUGUCGCCCAUCCGCGUCAGAAGCAUUUCGGCGGAGCUGGCGGUGCCGGGAGCCACGGCGCUCGGGGCGACGGACCGCCGCUCGUCCGACGUCGGCCGGAGGCUGCAGCCCGUGGCGGAGAUCCGCGACGGACAGUCGCCGACGAAGGCCAGCUCCGGCCCCACAGGAGGCUCGCCGCACCCGAUCAAGAACUGCCACGCCCGCACGAGCUUCACGCCGGAGCAGGAGGCGCUGCUGCUGCGCUACGCGUCGAACCGACAGCCGCUCGCGAAGGGCAGCCGCUCCCGCCGCCAGGCAGAGGCAGACAAGGACGAGAUCGUGCCCCUGUCCACCUACACGCCCAGCACGCCCGACACCCUCACGACCCCGGUCUCUCCCCAGAGGGAGAGGCCCGUGUAGUCCUGCCAGGCUGUCCUUAAUCCGAUUUUGUAUAAUUCAUUUAAGGACCGAAUCCUAAUGGUAUUUAAAUCUUCAUUAUGAAGAAAUGAACUUUGGCCAUGACGGGACAUCAAAGCACAUGAAAAUAUUGAAAACAAAAUUUGAUUCGAUUCCCUGCCGGAAAACCCAUCACUGGAAAAAUAGAGUAAAAUAAAUCCUACAGAUAUCAGUUACAUAAAUACCUGCACAGAAAAAAAUACAGACACUCAAUAAAAGAUGAAAUAACAUACAAGAAAAAAAAAGGAUAUCUGCAUAAACGAUAGAUUGGAAUUUAAUUCCGUUAGCGUUAUGCAUGGGCGUGUGUGUGAAAGAGAGAGGGAGUAUGUGUGUGUAUGUAUGAGAGAGUGCGUGUAUGUGUGUUUGUGUGUUGUUAUGUGUGUGUGACAAAAAGAGUGUUUGU